AUGUCCGCCUUCAAGACUUUCGGUAAUCAGGAGAUUACAGCUUUCGAAUGCGCAAACAGGUCAGGACAAGUUGCUAUCUAUGAAUUAACAGACAUAUCAACUUCGCAGUCGGAUGAAGAAACUUCAACGACAGCCGACCCAGAUACCGAACCAAGCAACUCUCCCCCUCUAGCCAAACCUCAUAUAUGGGACAGCGAGAACACUUCCCCUAUCGGACCUAUAGUGGGAGGUGUUAUAGGAGGUUUGGCUCUUAUUGCACUCAUUGGGUUUGGCCUGUGGUUUAUUCGUCGCAAGAAGCACAAUUCCAGCAGGGAUGCCAGGGGCUACUCACCAGGAAACUAUCAUUCUCCGUCCCAGUCCUUGCCUGGUUAUGGUUAUGUCAACCAUACAUCUCCUGACCCUCAGUACAACCCUCUACCCAUGUCCUCAACACCUAGGGAUGUAUCUCAGAAUUUUAGCAACUUGCCAUAUGUGGCAACUCCUCAAAGUUCAGAGCUCCCAUCAACACCAGGUCGCCCAAAAACACCUGAGAUGAGAGGAUAG